GGUGGCGGAAAUGGGCUUCCAUACCAAAGGGCCCAGUUUGCUGUAGAAAAAAUAUAUAGACGUUUAUUUAUUAAUCUGUUUGGAUGCUUUUUUUUAAACCAAACUUAAAUUAAACAGACUUCCUUUGUUUUCCUUCAUUAUAAAGAAAAAUCAUUCUGUAUGCAAGCUCUUAAUCACCUGAAGCCCAAACCCAGGGCAAAAUCGUGCUAGACCACAACACUUCCGGUCUGCUGGCAUCGAUCACGUGACAAGUUCUCGGUCUCAGCUGAUUCAUUUCAUUGUUUCCUCAGCGGUAACUGUAGCCGUCUGUAUGGCUGUGUGUUUGUAAUGCAGUAGCUUAUUUGUAAAAAAGUUUCAGGCAGGAACAUGGAGCGGUACGGUUCUGACACGGAGAAGGACGAGCAGCAGAAGCCGCUUCUUCAACGAGGGCACGACGGCAAAGUGCGGAGAGCCCCUGUGUGCUGUUCCUCGCGAUACGGCCUGGCGCUGCUCUCCAGCUAUGGCUUCUUUGUGGUCUACUCCCUGCGGGUGAACCUUAGCGUGGCGAUGGUGGACAUGCUCAACGCCACCCACCAGUCCAGCGUUAACCACAGCGGCACGGUGUGCCCUGCUCACGACAUCCCUCCAGAACCCAAACACAACCGCACGGCCAGUGUAUACAACUGGGACUCUGAGACCCAGGGCUGGAUCCUGGGCUCCUUUUUCUAUGGCUACAUCCUGACACAGAUACCUGGAGGGUACCUGGCCGGCCGCUAUGGACCCAAGUGGCUGCUGGGCUUUGGGAUUCUGGGAACCGUAUUUUUUACACUACUUACCCCUGUGGCUGCCGAUCUGGGUGCAAGCUACCUCAUUGCUGUGAGAGUUAUGGAGGGGAUUGGGGAGGGUGUCACAUUUCCUGCAAUGUACACCAUGUGGGCAGCCUGGGCCCCUCCACUGGAGAGGAGUCGACUGCUCACCAUUACAUACAUUGGAGCCCAGCUGGGGACAGUCAUAGCUCUUCCUUUGUCUGGUGAAAUCUGCUUCUACCUGGACUGGACCUAUGUCUUCUACUUAUUUGGUGUUGUCGGCUUGGUGUGGUUCAUCUUGUGGGCUUGCCUCGUCUUUGACAGUCCCAACACUCAUCCACGGAUAUCAGAGCAGGAGAGACUCUACAUCACGAACGCACUCAAAAACGAGCUGUCCACCUCAGCAGGUCACAUUCCUUGGCGAGCUAUUGUGACGUCAAAGCCGCUGUGGGCCAUCGUUGUGGCUCACUUCUCCUACAACUGGACCUUCUACACGCUCCUCACUCUGCUCCCAACCUACAUGAAUGUCAUACUGGGCUUCAGCAUACAGCAGAAUGGAUUUCUGUCAGCUGUGCCAUAUGUGGGCUGUGCUCUGUUUGCUGUGCUGAGCGGCCAAGUUGCUGAUUAUCUGCGAGAAACUUGCUUCUACUCCACCGUCCUCGUUAGGAAGGCCUUCACUCUUAUCGGUAUGAUUGGGCCGGCAGCGUUCCUGGUGGCAGCAGGUUUUACAGGCUGUAAUUACAAACUAGCUGUGACCUUCCUCACAAUCUCCUCUUCUCUGGGCGGAGUGUCAGCCUCGGGCUUCAACAUCAACCAUCUCGACAUUGCUCCUUCGUAUGCUGGGAUUCUGCUGGGUAUCACAAACACGUUCGCUACUAUUCCUGGGAUGGUUGGACCAGUCAUAGCAAGAGCCCUCACUGUAAAUAACACCAUAGAAGAGUGGCAGACUGUGUUCUACAUCGCGGCUGCCAUCAACUUGUUUGGAGCAAUAUUCUACACUGUGUUUGGACGAGGAAAGGUGCAGCCCUGGGCUGUACACACAUCCUUGUCUCAUGGAGACUGAGGCAACGGAGAAAUAACAAAACCCCUCCCUUUACCAUCAACCUCAGACUCGUGUGAUGGGUAAUCUCAGAGUGAGGCAUAUUUUUCUGAUAGCCAGGUUUACAAACAGUGAGUGAGAGCUCAUUGUUUGUUGAGUUUAAUUUACAGAUGAGACCACAGCCACCGUGAAGAAGAAUCAAACUGUGGAUAAUCAAACAGAAAUCAAACAACCAGUUGGUUGAUUUACAAAAAAAAAAAGUCCACUGUCAGAAAACAAACAGUAUAACAUCAAAAACCUCUGUUUGGCUAAGAUACAAUAAGUCACACAACUCCAGGCUUUUAGAGGUUUCAACCAUAAGUCCGUAGAAGCUGACUUCACCUGUUAUUUAAUCUUUGUGCAUUGCUCUAUAAAAUAUAUAUUAUAGAAAUUAAGCUAUGGGCAAAACUGAUCCAGUUUUGUUCCUUUUAUUGUUCAGGUUUCUUUAAACAUAUUUUUUCUCAAAAAUCAUAAAAAGUUCCUUUCAUUUUUUAUAUUACUGGCAAAGAUUUACAUUAAUCAAAGGUUUACGUUGAUCUGAUGUUUUUCUGUACCUGUGAAUGUAAAGUUUGAGAUUAUAUUAAGUGACUUUAAAAUUUGUGCCUAACUGCCAAAAAAGACAGCACGCCAUCUGAAUUAAUGUUGAUUUUGGAGUCAACGUUGAGACUUCAGCACAUACAGACCCAUGAAAGAAAAAAAUGGCUUUAUGCAAGGUCUUAUUUUUAAAAUUUGUUUAAUAUUUACAGAAACUGUUUGUUUUGUUGUAUAACAUAUGUAAAUAAUUUUAUCAGGGCAUUUGUGUGUGUUGGUUUUUCCAACCCUUACAGUUGACAGGGAACAACUUUUUUCUAGUUACCGUACUAAACCAAUACAUUUAGGACACAUGUUACAUUAAUUCUUAUCAGCAUACAAGCUAAGCUUUUCACAGAUAAGGGGAAGAUAAAAUACUUAAGAGUUUCCUGAUGCACAGCUUAUCAUAGAUAAACAGAAUUUUGACUUUGUGUCGAUUCUCAGGUGUUUUAUACCACAGAUGGAUUCAAAAGGGAUAGUUGCUACGAUGAUGGCCAUUUUAUGUUUUGAAUGUCAGUUAAUUCGAUCUGAUUUUAAAUAACCUAGUCACGUUUAUUUCUACAAAUGUUACUUGAUGAGCUAAAACAAAACUAAGCCCCUGGAAAUAAACAUUAAUUUUGGCAGAAACAAAUUUGCCACAAGUAGCACCUAGUAUAUAUAAUGCACUUGUGCCUUAUUUAAAAAAAAAAGUCAAAGAAUCAGCACUUUAGACUUCUUUUGUUUCUUAACAAAUUUAUGUGCUGCUUUUACUUUUUGUUUUUACACAAAUGGGACUAAAGGGAGUUCUGUAUGGAUUUGUACUGAAAUUUAAAAAGAAAAUUGUAAUUGUUUAUGUAAUUAGCAUUCCAGAAACAUACUGAAUGACUGUCAUGUAAUGGAAAAAAUACAUAAAAUAUAUCAGCAAGCAAUUCUAA